AUGGCCUGUAUCAUCAUCAUCAUCAUCAUCAUCAUCAUCAUCAUCAUCAUCAUCAUCAUCAUCAUCAUCAUCAUCAUCAUCAUCAUAACAAGGUCUAAAGCUUCCAAACAGAUCGAAGAAGACCCGGAAAUUCCUAAAGACAUUAGUGAGCUUGUACACACCAACAUCAACAUCAACAUCAACAUCAACAUCAACACCAACAUCGACAUCGACAUCAACAUCAACACCAACACCAUUAUCAACAUCAACAUCAACAUCAACAUCAACAUCAACAUCAACAUCAACAUCAACACGUCUGAAUCAUCUCAUGAAGAUUGA